AUGGUGCAUUACUCCCGCAAGCCACAGGUUUCCUCGAAGACAGCCAAGGCGAAGAUCGCCGACCUCCGCUGCCACUACAAGAACACCUUCGAGACGGCUAAUGUGAUCAACGGCAUGAAGCUGCGUAAGGCCCAGCAGUUGUAUCGGCAGGUCCUCGCCAAAACCCGCUGCAUUCCCUUCAAGCGUUACAAUGGAAAGAUUGGCAAUACGGCACAAGCCAAGGAGUGGGGACAGACGAAGGGACGCUGGCCACGCAAGUCCGUUGUAGCGAUGCUCUCAUUGUUGAAGAAUGCUGAGGCAAAUGCCAUCGAGAAGGGACUCGACCCCGGAAAGAUGGUCAUUAAACACGUUCAGGUGGAUCAGGCCCCUCGCGUGCGUCGCCGUACGUUCCGUGCCCAUGGCCGCAUAACGCCGUACAUGCGCAGCCCGUGCCACGUACAGCUCUUCAUGACCCAGCCCCAGGAGCGCGUCCCUGUUCCCAAAAGCAAACCCAAGAAGUAG